AAUAAUUUUUACGAUUUGCAACUGCAGUCUAGACGUUCGAACGGUAAAAAUAAUAUACUGUUUUAUUCUGAAGGGAACAUGGAUGUUUUAAGGCCACAAAUUAUCACGAUAGGAGACCGCUGUUACAGAGUUAACCCAUCACUGAACCGAGAUAUCAAUGCUCUGGAAGAGGAACAAUACGAGGAGUCCACUGUGCAGUGUAACACCUGGAAUGACGAGACCUGUGAUAUGAUGCCAGACAUUGAGGAGACAGAGAAAGGCUUCCAGACCAGUGUUAGCCUACCCAGUGCAUUCUUCAAACACAUCAUAGGCAGGAAGGGGGAGACCAAACGUCGACUGGAAACGGAGACAAAAACUCAGAUCCGGAUCCCUAGAGAGGGAGUGGAGGGGGAUAUUAUAAUCCUUGGACCAGAGAGAAAGGGCGUGAUUUCAGCCAAGACAAGACUGGAUGUCAUUGUUGAUUCCGUACGCCGAAAAGAACCCUUCACUCACUUUUUGUCCUUCCCAGUGAACUUACAGCCAAUCAGAGAAAGUUUCUUAGAGUUUCAGGAGGAUAUUUUGAGGAGCUGUGAUAGUGAUAGAGGAAUAGACAAAACAAUAUUUCAGAAGCCUGAGAAGCUACAUUUAACAGUGGGUACACUAGCACUGCUGAAUAAACGGGAAAUAGAACAGGCCCUGGAGACACUUGAAGAAUGUAAAUCAAGUCUUGUGGAGCCCAUCCUGAGGGGUGAGCCCCUGACGGUGAGGUUACAGGGGUUGGAGUAUAUGAAUGAUGACCCUGCCUCUGUAGAUGUCCUCUAUGCUAAAAUCCAACCCGGGGAACAGGCAGAAAGGCUCCAGAUUUUGGCAGAUCGAUUGGUUGACAGAUUUUCUACUACAGGCCUAAUGCAGCAGGAAUACAGUCGUGUUAAACUUCAUGUCACAGUAAUGAACACUCUAAUGAGGCGAGAUCCUACCUCCAUAGCAGGGGAGAGGCCCCCCGAGGGGAAACGAGGCAAUAAGGAAAGGGAAUCAUUUGAUGCCACAAAUGUGAUGAAAAAGUUUGGACAUUAUGACUUUGGAGACUGCACCAUUAACAGCCUACACCUGUCUCAGCGACAUGGAUUAGGAGAGGAUGGUUAUUACGGAUGUGCUGGCUCAAUAUCAUUACCAUGACCUUAAAUCAUGUGACAGUAUGACCUUAAACCAUGUGACUUUGAUUCAUCAGCAUAACCUAAGUUGUCCAUGGAUUUGUUACCAUGACCAUUAGUCAUGCAUCUUCCUAGUUGACUCAAUUUGUUAUUGUAUGAAUCACCUUGUUCUUCAGCUAUAAAUAAAUUAUAAAUGAA